AUGUCUUUGACCAACACAAAGACGGGCUUCUCCGUGAAGGACAUCCUGGAUCUUCCCGACACCCACGACGAGGACGGAUCGCUGACGGAGGACGCGGAGGAGGAUGCGGAGGAAUGCGACGGCGCGCGCCGAGACGCGCUGCUGGGACGGAGUUCCGUGGACGCGGUGAAAAAGCUGUGCGUGAAGAAGCCCAGUUUCGGCGACACGGUCGAUAAUCCCUACGCGAGAUGGCUCGCCACCGCGGACACGAUCCAUUACUCGUUGCAUGCCCUGUCGGCCGCUUCUGGCCCGGACUUGUCGUCCAGAUCCCCCGAGCCGUCUGCCGACGAGUCGCAAGACAACGACAAGGAGACGUCGAGCGGCAGCGGCAGCGGCAGCGACUCGGCCAAGAAGAGGAAGAGGAGGGUGCUCUUCUCCAAGGCGCAGACCUACGAGCUCGAGCGCCGCUUCCGCCAGCAGAGGUACCUGUCGGCGCCCGAGAGGGAGCACCUGGCCAGCCUGAUCCGGCUCACGCCGACCCAGGUGAAGAUCUGGUUCCAGAACCACCGCUACAAGAUGAAGAGGGCUCGCGCCGACAAAGGCGUGGACGUGGGCAGCCUCCCGUCCCCGCGGCGCGUGGCCGUGCCCGUUCUGGUCCGGGACGGAAAGCCCUGUCACGCCCUGAAAGCGCAGGAUUUGGCGGCCACCCUGCAGGCCGGGAUCGCGUUCUCGGCGUACGGCGCGCAGUCCCUGCAGCACGUGCAGUACGGCGCGCGCUACGGCCCCGCCGCCACCGCCGCCGCAGCCGCCGCCGCCGCCGCCGCCGCCAUGGCGCAGUUUCCCACGGCGCACCACUUGGCGCAAACGCAGCAGUGGACUUGGUGA